AUGAGCCAUGAUGACAUAUUUCUUCAUUGGUGGGCGGUGCAUAUGAAGUCGGUUUGUAUCACCGGAUUCAUAUGGCAGACGUUACUUUAUGUCUCUAGCGGUACUCGAUUUCCCCCAUUCUUGGGAGUCUUGAUCACUAUGAUUGCGGCUCAUUUCGACCUUGCUUACGGAGAAGAGUGUGUGCACACGAGAUGCUUGAGAAAGAGAAAACGAAGGCCAGAGUUGAACAAGAGGGGAGGUGACGCCGAACCGUCCGAGAACACAGCACUUCCUCCCCCGAGAUUGCCUAACCAGCCGAUGAGCAUGCCUCUCCAUCCACCGAGUACACUCUGA